UGUCCGUGUUUGGAUGAGACCGUAACAGCGAGACAGAUCAGAUCAUCCGUCGACACUAUGUCAGACUCAUCAGCAUCUCCGGACACUUAAAGGCUGUAAAUAUUCGACAGAAUCCAACUCUCUGCUUCUUCAACUUGAUCCAGCACAGCUGCAGACAGUCUUCAAGUCAGAAAUGAGCCAAAUGAAGCUGCCCCAAGCUGGACUUGUCCUCUGGAUGUGUGUAAUGAACAGGGUCCUGGACACAGCAGCAGCAGCAUUGUUAAUCACUCAAUGUGUGAUCAUGCAAUACACCAGCAUCACCUGCUCCUGGAAAACAGCUGACCACCACCUGAACAUCAGCAGCUACACACUUCAGAUUAACAAAGCCUCUUGUGAGACUAAACACAGCUUCAUCUCGGUUGGUGUCUGUAAUACCAGAGGCUCUAACUGCUCCGUUCAUCCCAUCGAUUCAGCAUUUCACUGUUUCUGCGUAGAUUUGCUGGCGUCCACACCCAAUGGAUCCAUACACUCACAACCAUACUUUUUCAAGGGGGUCAAUGCAGUGAAACUUUCUCCUCCAGAGAUAAAAGAUCUCAAGCCAGCAGAGAGAAGGCCUGGGUGCUUGCAGGUGGACUGGAGAAUGGCUGAGAUCUUUCCCAAGAAUGAGAAAGUCUACAUACUGCUCCAAAUGGAGUACACGACACACAACCAGACCCGAUCCCAGACUAUACAAGCGUUUUCCAAGGAGACAUUGGAGUUGUGUGACCUUCACCCAGGAUCCAAGUAUACAGUGAGACUGAGGGCUCAGGACAGUCGAGCACAUGCUCACUGGAGCUUGUGGACCUCUAUAGACACAACCACAGCGGAGAAAGCUCCGUCUGCGGCUCCUCGGCUCUGGAGACUCAUCCAACCUGCAGAAGAAGCUGGAAAGAGACGCCUCACCCUGCUCUGGAAGCCUGUGUCCUGGCCUGAGGUCAAUGGUGUUGUGCUCAGUUACUCGGCGUCCUGUCGCAGUGAUCUGGGUUCAUCACAGUGGACCUGUGGCACUGUAAACGCAUCCAGACACUCCUGCAUCCUCACUGUCUCUGACGAUCUCUGUCACUGCAGCCUGACGGCGACAAACUCUGCCGGGACGUCACCUCCAGCUCACAUCUCCAUACCUGCACAUACACAAGCAGAAGAACCCCCACCCCCUCGGAUUAUCAGCGUAACCCCAUUGGACGACACUCAGAUAAAGGUGGAAUGGAGAGCUGCACCGAACCAAUCAGAGAGCGGCUUUGUGGUGCAAUGGACUUCUGUGCCUUACAUCGAACCAACUAGUCUGCACUGGGAACAUAUGAAUGAAACUGCAAGAAGUUUUAUUCUCACAGGUCUUCUGCCAGAAAUCCCAUAUAAUCUGUCGGUUGUGAGUCUGCAUGGGCGACAGGCAGGAAGUGACAUGUCAGUCAUUGCUUUCACACGGGAAGGAGCGCCCUCUGUCGGUCCAGAUGUGACAGUGCUGAAGACGAGCAGCAGCGGUGUGCUUCUGAAAUGGGACCCUGUUCCUUUAGAGAAACUUCAUGGCUUCAUCCACAGCUAUACUGUAAUCUACAGCAUACAUGGCAAAGAAAAAAGUGUGAAGGUAGAAGCUCAUGUUGAACUGAUACAUCUCAGUGAACUGACCGAAGGAACCUAUAACAUCUGUGUAAUGGCUCAUACUGCAGUAGGGACCGCCGCGGGACCCUGUCAGAUGGUGGUUGUGGGGCUUGAGGAUGUACAAGUGAUUCCCAUACUGCUGUGUGCACUUCUGCUGUGCUUUCUGAUUCUAAUCAUCCCAGUAUGCCUGAGGAUGAGGAUUAAACAGUGUCUGUGCCCGACUGUACCAGACCCUUCAAAAAGCAGCCUGUCCAUCUGGUCCAACACUAAACUGUAUCAGCAUAACCUACCAUCCACGUCCACUAUGAGCUCCAUCCUCCCUGUGGAUUGGACUACAAUCUAUCAGGAUUAUGUUGAGAAAGACUACGUCCCUGUCCAGGUGUUCACCUCCCACGCUCCACAUGACAGCAAUGAGCCUGAAGCCAAGACCUACGACAGCACUUCUGCUAUAACAUUCCUGGACCCCAAACUCUCACCAGCUCAAGCUUUCCACACACAUCUCCUCAACCAGAGCUACACCAAACCAGACCACGUCAUUCCUGCUGGAUAUAAAGAAGAUCCCCAGCCUUCAUCUGACCAUCUCUUGUUUGAUUCACUCUUCUCCUGCAAAAGUAAUGAAGCUGAUUUAUGUGGCUACAUCCACGUGUCCCAGACCUACACGCCGGUCAUUAAGACCAUAGACACGUACAGGACUCUUGAUCUGAAUGAGUGUCCGCAUUUCCUACAGGUUUUACCGAAGGACACCAGCACAACUAUGGUUCAUUGCAGCAUAAAUAACGAGUCGUGCGACACUGGGGUGUCACAGUCCCACUCUCUCCAGCCCAACAAAACAUGAGCCCUCUGUGUGCUUCCUGAUUGACAGAUAGUUGAAACGGCAUAAACUGUGUCCAAUGUAGGCAGCUGCAGUUAAUAAUAACAGUUGCACAGGAUUUGCAUUCAAAUGCAUCCAACAGGUCAAGGCACUGCCUGAGGACCGCUAGUCAUUUCCACAUGACACCUUUCUCACAAAACCACUCUGGUCUCGAGUCAAUUGUGCAUUAACCACUGAUACCCAUUUGCCAAACGCAUGGAGAAAAUGUGCCGUGUUGGAAUAUUUCUUUUCAUUGCAUGGAAACUUGGCCUAUAUUUGCUAUUCCUGAGAAAAAACAGUGCAAUUUUACUGGUGACGUAAUAUAGCUUUUCUCAUUUUUUAUAAGCAAAUGGUGCUUGAAAAAUACAAGUAUUCACAUUAUGUUAGUUUCAUAUUGUGAUAUUUGGUUUAAAUUUUUAUUACAUAAUUAGUCAACUUAAACCCUCCCAUUUCUGUCGACACGAUAAAGGACAAACAGCUCCAUACGGGACAACACGUUCCCUAGGUUAGUUUUUAUAUUGUGUAUUUCUGAUGUAGCUCUGCUGCUUGUGUUAUACCUGUCAUCUCCUGCUUUCUGCUCUGUCCAGGUUUCCUCUGUUGGCCUUUUUGGAUAUCAGACAAAACUAAAUUCUAACUGGGUAUGGAUAUCAGACGAAAACUUGAUUUAAACUGGUUCUGGAUAUCAGACAAAACUAAAUUCUAACUGGGUUUGGACAUCAGACAAAACUACAUCUUACUGGUUUUGGAUAUUGGACAUAACUACAGAUUCCAGAGAAAACUGGAACCUUUCUUGAAAUGUUAGAUCCAGUCUUUUUACAAGAUCCCAUCAGAAGACAUCUAUUUUGCCUGAUGAAAUGUCCAAACUUGUGUUGUCAGCCUACGUAUGAAUGUAAGCUAUUUUAGCCUGUGAGUCAGACAGAAUGGUAACCUGGAAAGCUGUGAAAAACAACAUAACCCAUCUGAUCUGAGCUAUAUAGACAUUGUUUCAUUUCCUAAUGAAAAGAUUUGAGCAAUGCCAUUCCAAAAUAACGACUGAGGUUUAUUUUUGUGAACAGUAUCUGAAGAUAAACCAGAUUCUGUGGAAAAGGAAAGGACAGUGAGAGGGACACUCGGCAUCGGGAACAUGGAAAGUUGGGAAUGCUGUAGCUUUUUGGUCCAGAGUUCACCACCGCUGGACAAUCUUUCAUGCAAAUGGAAUUCCAGAUAAAGUCCCUCUUUGUUUGGACAGAGACGGGCCAGGGCAGUGUCACACAUACAUUCGGCUCCAGAGAGUUGAUCUUUGGUGACGGGUGCAGAUCAGCUGUCUGCUAGACCUAGUGCAGCAGUAUUUAUUGUGGAUGAAAUGUGCUAAUGUUGACAAUAGAUGGACAUUCACACUGACCUGCCAGAGCUCUGCAGACCGUUAACAUGCUUCUUGCAUUCCACCAUUCCAUCAGGAAUGUGUAAGCCUGUGAAUAUGGCUCAAAAAAGGAAUGGAUUAAUGCUUAGCACAAUAUUUGUCAUUCCUGUAAUGAUAUUGAGGAACUCAAGGAUCUGAAUGUAUAUAUGCUGAUAAAGCACAUGUUGUUUGUCUAAU